UGGGAACUGUCUGGGGGAAACCGGUUGGAAGAGGCUGGGCUUUUGUUUUGGAAGCACACGAACAAAAACAUCGGAACCCAAAAAAUCUCUCGCAUUCAUGGAAGCAAAGAGCAUUAAAAUCUCUUGCAUUCAUGCCCGAGCAGAGAGAGAGGAUGGUAAAGUUUAGUAUACCUACCUUCCUACACAAAUUCAUCCUAAACAUAUUUCAUAUCCAAUCUAGAAUAUCAGUACAAAUUUUGAUGCAAUACUAUCCCUAUGACUUGGCUUUGGUCUUUUUAAUCGGAGAUCGAUUCUUCAAUUAUCCAACUUAUAUGAGAUUAAAUAUGAUCUUAUCGAAGUUUAUAAUCUAGGAGUCGGGACAAUUUAUAAUCAGUGAGUUCUCGGACGAUUUUACUUUUUGUAGGUGAAUCUAAAAGUAUCUCUAUGAGAGUAAAUCACUCUUUGGUCAAUUCAACUACAAAUUUUUUGCUUCCCCAAAUAAAAUUACUAUUCAAAUUUCGAAAGGCUUAUUUAUGACGCCAACCUCCCCGUGUGCGUUUCCCGUAUCCGAUUCCAUUUCGGCACGUCCGCUCACCUGCACUCGAGAGGCGUCGUACCGGGCGAGUACGUGGCUCUACACGACCGCAUAUAAAUCAUUAUGCGGAACUUGAUCAAAUUCAUCUCGCCCGUUCAUAAGAAUUUUCUGCACAUGUGCAGCAAUGGACGGUAGAUCCGGGAUUAACCGCCUAUGUGUGUAUGCGCUAUCAUGGCGUCACGACUCCAUACGCUAUAUUCCCUUCGUUCUCCCGGCGUAUAGUCUUCUACUUAAGCCCGAAGUUAUUCCCCUGUCCGACAAGGAAAGGGCAAAAGCGACGCGAACAAGACUAUUUAUUUGACCCCUCGUAUACCGUGCGUGCGAGUGCGUCUCCUCUCGCUCGCCGCUCUGCCUCUCUCUCGCUCGCUGCUCUCAGUCUCUUCACUGUCUGCUUGAUAGUUUUGCGGAAUCGGGGCUCGAUUGCCAUGGAUGGCAACUCGACAGCUCCAAAUAGAGUCAAAGAUCCGAGAACCAUAGCAAGAAAGUAAGGCUUUCCACCCCUAAUCGUCUCUGUUUUUUCAGUCUGAUCAUCUCCUGAGGGUUUCUCUUUUCGAUUUGGUCCUUCGGUGAAUUCUUAGGUACCAGAUGGACCUUUGCAAGAGGGCCGUGGAGGAGAACAUCAUCGUUUACCUCGGGACGGGGUGUGGGAAGACGCACAUCGCCGUGCUGCUCAUGUACGAGCUCGGUCAUCUCAUCCGAAAGCCGAGCAAGAGCAUCUGCAUCUUCCUCGCUCCCACCGUCCCUCUCGUCCGGCAGCAAGCAAUGGUCAUAGAGAGCUCCACAGAUUUCAAAGUUCGUUGUCACUAUGGAAGUCAGAAGAAUUUAAAGGACCAUGAUGACUGGAAUAAGGAAAUUGACCAAUCUGAGGUGCUUGUUAUGACACCACAGAUAUUGUUGCAAAAUUUGUGCCAUUGUUUCAUUAGGAUGGAUCUAGUUGCUUUGCUCAUUUUUGAUGAAUGUCAUCAUGCACAAGCAACCACGAGGCAUCCCUAUGCACAAAUCAUGAGGGAAUUCUACAAAACUAAAGGUGAUGGUUCAAAGUGUCCCCGUGUAUUUGGCAUGACAGCUUCCCCUAUCAUUGGAAAAGGAGGAACCGAUCUAUCAAACUAUACCAAAUGCAUUAACAGUCUUGAGAAUUUACUUGAUGCGAAGGUGUGCUCUGUUGAUGAUGAAUCGGAACUUGAAGGUUUUGUUGCUUCUCCAGAUAUUAAGGUCUUCUACUAUGGUCCACUUUUCUACACUGCUUCAAGUCUCACUUUCGUUUACAGUAAAAAGCUUGAGGAUAUAAAAGUCCAGUGCAUAUCCAUGCUUAAAGACAAGUUAUGUGAUUUUAGAGAGUGUCAGAAUCAGACAAAGCUUUUGCAUAGGUUGCAUGAUAACAUCAUUUUCUGUCUUGAGCAGAUUGGACUUUUUGGAGCUAUAAGAGCUGCAAGAAAAGCUGACAUGCCAGAAACAGAGAUUGUCAGUAUUAACAAUGACAACUUCCUUAUAGAUCAAUAUUUAACUAAGGCAUUGUCUAUUUUAAUUGGUGACUUAUUGGAUGGUAAUAAUGAUGUUGAUUCUUUAACCAUCGGAGCUUUAGAGGAGCCAUUCUUCUCAAAUAAGUUGGCAGUUCUUGUUGGUAUUCUUGCAUCCUAUAGGCUACAAGCAACCGCAAAAUGUAUAAUUUUUGUGAAGAGAAUUAUUGUUGCAAAAUCGUUAGCAUAUAUCCUUGGGAGCUUAGAGUCUCUUAAAUUUUGGAAAUGUGAGUUCCUUGUGGGUUGUCAUGGUGGAAAAGAGAGCAUGUCUCGUGGAAAGAUGAACACCAUUGUUGAAAGGUUUUCUUCUGGGGAGGUGAAUCUUCUGGUUGCUACUAAUGUAGCUGAAGAAGGACUUGAUAUUCAAACCUGUUGUCUUGUUGUGAGAUUUGAUCUGCCCGAAACUGUAGCAAGUUUUAUACAGUCUAGAGGACGUGCUCGGAUGACAAUAUCCGAAUAUGUGUUUCUCGUAGAGAGAGGGAAUGAACGUGAAGGAAAACUGCUGAAUGAUUUUAUGGCUGGUGAGGAUAUCAUGAACAAGGAAAUUACCAGUAGAACAUCAAGCGAAACCUUUGAUGAUUUGGAGGAGGUUAACUAUAAAGUCAGUAGUACUGGUGCCUCAAUCAAUACAGGUUGUAGUGUUUCACUCCUCCAUCGUUAUUGUGACAAACUUUCACGGGAUAAAUAUUUCACUCCUUCACCUAAGUUUUAUUACAUCGAUGACCUAAAUGGGACUAUCUGCAGAAUUAUUCUUCCACUAAAUGCUCCCUUGCGUCAGGUUGAUGGUCUACCCUGCUUCUCAAAAGAUGAAGCUAAGAGAAAUGCAUGUUUGAAAGCAUGUAAAGAGCUUCAUGAGAGAGGUGCUUUGACAGAUUAUCUUUUGCCUGAUAUAAAUCCUCGAAGAAAGAUUGGACCAGCAACACACCAUUCUGAGUAUAAUAGCAACAGCAUUGAAGAUGAAUCUUCAAGAGAGGAGCUUUAUGAGUUGCUAGUACCAGCUGCUCUUAGAAGAUCAUGGUCUAAUGAUGAUACUAACAUAAAUUUGCAUUUUUAUUAUAUUAGAUUUAUCCCUAAGCCAAAAGACAGACAGUACCGGAUGUUUGGUCUUUUUAUCAAGAAUCCUCUUCCUCAAGAAGCUGAAAGUUUAAAAGUUGAUUUACAUCUUACCCAUGGUAGAAUUGUUGAGACAACACUCACUCCUCAAGGGAUGACAACAUUUGACAAAGAGGAGAUUAUGCUUGCACAAAAUUUCCAGGAGAUGUUUCUCAAAAUUAUACUUGACAGAUCAGAAUUUUACUCAGACCUUGUUCCUUUGGGAAAGUGCAAUGCAAGUCAAGAUUGCUCAUCAAAGUCAUAUCUCUUGCUCCCAGUCAUUGAGCAACUUUACGAGGGACAGAAGAUGAUUGACUGGACAACUGUGAGAUGUUGUUUAACAUCACCAGCCUUUAUAGAUGUGUCAGCCAAGUUUGAGAAAGCUCCUUGUCGCACAAGUGAGAAAUUACAACUUCUCAAUGGCUCAGUAAAUAAAACUGAUGUCGUGAACAGCUUGGUUUUCACUCCACACAAUAAUCUGUUCUUUUUUGUUGACGGGAUUCUUUAUGAAACAAAUGCUAAUAGCUGCUACAAGGGUACAAAAUGUGAAAGCUAUGCAGAAUACUACAGGGAUAGGUUCCAUAUCAAGCUUUCAUAUCCAGAACAGCCUUUCUUGAAGGCCAAACAGCUCUUUGUUUGCCGGAACUUACUCCAUAACAGAGUACAAGCAAAUACAGAAGCCCGUGAACUAGUGGAGCAUUUUGUGGAGUUGCCUCCAGAGCUUUGUUCUUUAAAAAUAGUUGGCUUCUCAAAAGACAUUGGGAGUACUUUGUCUUUAUUGCCAUCUCUGAUGCAUCGCAUGGAAAAUCUUCUUGUUGCUAUUGAACUAAAGGAAGUACUAUCCUCAUCUUUCCCAGAGGCAUCUGAAGUUAGAGCAGACCGUAUACUAGAAGCACUUACUACAGAAAAGUGCUUGGAACGCCUCUCUCUUGAGAGGUUUGAAGUGCUUGGUGAUUCUUUCUUGAAGUAUGCAGUUGCUCGUCACAGCUUUCUUACUUAUGAAGCCUUUGAUGAAGGACAGUUGACCAGGAGGAGAUCUAGUAUUGUGAAUAAUUCAAAUCUGUAUGAGCUAGCAAUUGCAAAAAAAUUACAGGUCUACAUUCGUGACGAGCUGUUUGAUCCAACACAAUUCUUUGCAUUGGGCCGUCCUUGUAAAAUGGUUUGCAAUAUAGAUACAGAAUCAGUGAUUCAUCAAGAAGAAAAUGAGAAUCUGAAUAUUGCAGCUGAAGGACAUAAUUUUAGAUGCACCAAAUCCCACCAUUGGCUGCACAGGAAAAUCAUUGCAGAUGUUGUUGAAGCUCUUGUUGGAGCUUUCCUUGUUGAAAGUGGAUUCAAAGGUGCAAUUGCAUUUCUCCGCUGGAUUGGGAUAUCAGUUGAUUUUGAUGUAUCAAAUAUUUAUAGAGUUUGGGAGUCAAGUAAUAGCAAUCUUUCACUCAUCAGUAAUAGAAAUGUCAAUGAGCUGGAAGAAAUUCUAGGUUAUACAUUUCGAUGUAAAGGCCUUCUGCUUCAAGCAUUCGUGCAUGCUUCCUACAAUAAGCACUCCGGCGGAUGUUACCAGAAACUGGAGUUUCUUGGAGAUGCUGUCUUGGAGUACUUGAUUACAUCAUACCUAUAUUCUGUUUUCCCAGAAUUGAAGCCAGGUCAAAUAACAGAUUUACGGUCAAUAACAGUCAACAACAACUCUUUUGCAAAUGUAGCAGUUUGCCGGUCCCUCCAUAAGUAUCUAAUGAAAGAUGCAAGGAGUCUCGAUGAGGCCAUAAAUAAGUUUGAAAGUUUUGUUCUUUUGUCUGAUCUAGAAAAGGACUUGAUUGAGGAACCAGCAUGUCCGAAGGUACUUGGUGAUAUUGUUGAAUCUUGUGUUGGUGCUGUACUUCUGGACACUGGAUUUAACUUAAAGAUUGUCUGGAAUUUGAUGCUUAGCCUACUCGGACCUGUCUUGGAUUUUUCUAGUUUUCAGAUUAAUCCUCUUAGAGAACUUCGUGAACUUUGUCAGUAUUUUAAUUUUGCAAUGAGGCUCCCAGAUCCAGUUAAAGUUGGAGGAGAUUAUUGUGUCAAAGUAGAAGCUGAUGUAAAAGAUGAACAUUUGAUGUUCACAUCAACUAACAAAAACUCAAAAACUGCUAGAAGAAUGGCUGCACAAGAAGUACUUUCUAUGUUGAAGGCUCGUGGCUACAAGCUUAAAAGUAAACCACUGGAGGAUAUCGUGCAGUCAGCUAAAAAAGACAAACCCAAACUAAUAGGAUAUGAUGAAGAACCUAUAGUAAUUGACAAUUUGGAUUCCAUUCCUUUGGAGAAACUGCAAAUCCAGACUACAGAAGAGACUCCACACUCAGGUCUUGAAAAAGCAAAUGGUGCAUCUUUGUUGAAUUGCAGUGGAAAUUCCUGGUCAUCUAGAAAGGAAUUGACUAGAGCUGAUGCCAGCGAGUCUUGUAACGGAAACCAUGGCCAAAUUCAACAAACAGUGAGUGAUUAUGUUGAGAUCAGUGGAACAUCCCCAGGUGGCAAUCAUACGGAGACCGCUGGUACUUUGGCUCACAAAACAGCCAAGUCACGGCUGAUGGAGAUAUGUGCUACUAACCACUGGCGUGAUCCAUUGUUUGAAUGCUGUAAGGAAGAAGGUCCUAGCCAUCUGAAAAUGUUUACUUACAAGGUUACUGUUGAAGUCGAACAUGAGUCUUCUGUGUGCUUGGAGUGCUUCAGUGAACCUAGGCCACAAAAGAAAGCCGCCCAAGACCAUGCUGCAGAAGGUGCACUCUGGUAUCUAAGGCAUAUUGGUAUACAGCCUGCAGCCUGUGAGAUUUUAAUUAUUUUUGAAAAGCUUUGGACUCUGUGAUGGUAUGGCAUCAAAAUGGUACGCACAUAAUUUGUUUUGGUCUCAUUGGGUGUAAUUGUACUGAACUUCUAAAGCUAAAUGUCCUUUUUGUCUAGUUCCAUGGCGCUUAAGAUUUCUUGAUUCAAUUGACAUGUAAGAUUUCAAUAUGAUUGUGAGUCGUAUCAUAUCAUGUACAGUUUUGUCAGAUCAUAUAUCAUCUAACUUGCUUGUUUGUCAUAUCAUAUAUUAUGUAACUUACUUGCAAAUCAUAUAAGAUUCACUUGAGGGUUUGAAUUCUCAAUUUUUUUAUAUAUUUUGAAGGUAUCAGUUUAGCCGGUAUAUUUUGAUAGUUCAUAGUAAGAUCUUGGAUUUGGAUCCUCACUUAUCCUUUGCCAAAAAAUUUUAUUUGUAAAUAAUUAAAAAUUUAUAAGAGUAAAAAAGAAAAAAA